AUGCAACACAAACAUUUAUUCUUAACGAUAAACAAGUAUUUGAAGUUAUUAGAAGUUGGAACAAAAUUCCCUUCUGAGGUUCACUUAGAGAUCCGAGCGAGGCUUAAGAGUCAAAGAGAUCCACAUUUAAUAUUAUCGUUCUACAAUGAAGUUGCACUUAAAGGCAUUGUGACUGGACACGACGCCCAAUCCGGUAUACGGUUCAAACUUGGAGAGGCAAUCCGUAAAAUUUCUGCUCGGAAGGUAGAAGCGGCAUACCGUCUAUUAAAAACGCAGGGUCCUAUCCAUCCCAUAUGUCACCAGAAAAUACUGGAUAAGUUGGCAUGCAACCGAGAACUAGAGAAAGGAGCUCUCGAUUGCUACAAUAAUAUAAUUGCUGAUGGAUAUGUACCUGAUCUAUGGACAUAUAAUCGCCUAUUAGAUUGCCUUUGCGAUGCAAACAACAUAGAAAUGGCAUGGAAGAUAUUGGACGAUAUGGUGGCCAAAGGUAUUCGGCCGAACGUUGUUACGUUUAAUACAUUGAUUAAAGGGUUCGUCGCUCGCGGGGAUAUGAACAAAGUAUGGCAUGUGUUCCGUAUCAUGAAUCAACAUAAUAUUGUACCAUCAGUUAUAACGUACUCGCUAAUAAUGAAUAAUCAAUUGAUGAGACAAGCACGUCAACAGAGUGGCCGAUACUCAAUUAGAAACGUGACAGACAGUGAUAUUCCAUUAGACGCUCGCGCUAUUGGUUGUUUGUUCGAGGGCCUUGGUCAAGUAAAUGACACGCGUGGGAUGUGGCUUUUAUAUAAAAAAGUAUGCAAGCGGCAGAUUAAAUGUAGCAGAGGGGUUUAUAAUAUAGUAAUCAAGUUUACAUUGAAGAGUGGCUGGUGUACGGCCGCAUUUGAAGUAUAUGAACAAAUGCUGGCAGCAAACGUUCUGCCAUCGCUAAGAUCAUAUAAUCUUCUCAUUAAGGGAUUCGUGCAUCAGGCUAACUUGUUGAAGGCUAUGCACGUAUUUAACGAUAUGUUAGCAAGAGGUUUUCCUGGCGAUUUAAUUACCUGCAAUGCACUUAUCGAAGGUCAUUUGAAACAGGGUAAUAUGACGGAAGUGUUCAGUGUACUUGAGAUGAUGCGCGAGUGGAAGUUGAAGCCUGACGUGCGUACGUUGUAUGCUAUCAUUCGAUAUUAUGUGUCUUCUCACGAACUAGAAAAAGCACGUGAGUUGUUCGACAAGAUGGUAAAACCAGAGUAUUGUUAUCCACGACCUGACAUUACAGUUUAUAAUGUAUUAAUAGAUGGUUAUCUGAACGUUGCGGGAAAUUUCGACGAGGCAAAUCGACUGUUCCGUCAAUCGAUAGAUGAAAAGCUUCAACCUAUGCUCUAUACAUACAAUACUCUCAUUCGUGCUCAUGUUAAGCAUCGGCAAUUGGAUAGGGCGGUUGAACUAUUUUAUGAUAUGCAGAAUAAUCAUAGACUUCAUCCAGAUGCAUUCUCAUUCUAUAAUUUAAUUAUCGGAUAUCUUCGCGAAGAUAGGGGGAGAGAGGCCAUGGAGAUGAAAAAGAUGAUGGAAGAACGUAAGAUUAAUAAUAGAAUUGGCAUUCUGUCGAAUUUAUUGGAAUAUCAUAAACAACAUCAUUUAAGAGAUAAAAUCAUUAAUGUAGAAUUGUAA